UACAGGCUGAAGUAGCCAAUCGGAUUUUAUAUUAUUAAUGUGCUUGUCAGUUUGAAACUGUCAGGAAAAUAAGCGAAAAGUUUUAAAGUGGAAACAGAUAAGCUGUCACACAUAGUUACAUACUACAAGAGUUUAAGAUGUCUUCUGAUGAAGCUGAGCCAAACAGUCCAGUUCUACCUAAAGAUUCAGAUCGCGGAAGUUCAGUCUCUUCAGAAUUGCAGGAUGAAUAUGAAGAGCUGCUUCGCUAUGCUGUUGUAACUCCCAAGUUUGAGCCCAGUGCCCUGAGGCAGUCUCAGCAUGGCUCUCAGCUGACAGCAGAUGGUAGAAUCACAAGCUUAGUGGAUGAUGUUCUUUCCCAGCAUUCUGCAGGAUCAGCUUCUGAGCAUGAAGAAAGCAGGCACAAAGAACUAAAGGCACAGAGAGCCCCCACAACAGAAAUGGAGCCUGGAGCACAGUUAGAGAUGCUAGAAGGCCAAGAAGCGCCCAUUAGAAUUCUUUUUGAGUCUGAUGUUGAAUCCGGUAAUAUGAAAACACCUUCGGAGAGGUCCUUACAAAGAACUCCAGACAACCUAGUCACAGAAAUAUUUGUUUCUGAAGAAAACAUUAAUAGAAUGGAAAACAUACUGGAUAUCUGGGGCAACAACUUGAAGGAAAAUGUCAUGAUGGAGCUGAGAAAGUGGAAGGUUUCCUUCAUUGAACAGCACAGACGGGAACUGAAGAAGGAAAGGGAAAAACAUGCUUCCCAGAUGGCUGAGUUUGUGACUGAAAUGGACAAUCUAAAGGAAUUGUUACAUACUUACGAGAUAUCAAACCAAAGGAAGGAUGAGGUGAUCUCUAAUCUGACCCAAGGCAUAGAGAGACAGAGGGAGAAACUGGAACUGAUGCGAACCUUCACUCACUGGAGAAUCCAACACAGUGAAGCCAGGGAGGAGGCUUAUGCAAAUAGUCUAGCAGAUCAGCAUUACAGGCUGAUGCUGAAGAAGAAAGUGUGGGCAGCCUGGCACUCUGUCAUUGAGGUCAACUGGAGAGAGAGAGUGGAGCGUGCCUGUCAGGCAAGAGCUGAGGAGGUCUGCCAUCAGUUAUCCAGUGACUAUGCGGCAAAGAUGGCAGAGCUGUCUGAAGAACUAAGCAAUGCAAGAGGGGAGAUCCAAAGGCUGCAUUCGGAAAGGGACCGAUAUGAAGAUUCCAUGAAAAAGGCUUUUAUGCGUGGGGUGUGUGCCUUGAAUAUGGAGGCAAUGAGCAUGUUUCAUGGAAGAGAGAGCAGGCUUGAGUCUGACCGCCCGCCCUCGCGGGAAGAGCCUAGCUCCAGCUCCUCGGCUCCCUUCCCGCCCCAGCCAGCCCCCUCAGCCCGCUUCAGCCCAGUGCACCUUGAGCCCCCCGGCCCCCCAGCCAGCUCCAGCGAUGCAGAGCAGAUGUUCAUUUCUCAUUUUGGACCUAGCAGUGCUGCAUCAAGGACAGCAGAUUGCAUUUCCUCAGCCACUGUUGUCAAUAGUGCAGCUCCAACAUCCGGCCCUGUAUCAGCCCACAGAUUGCCUACUACUCGUGUUGUGACUUCAUCCCAGCAAAAAGCCAGCAAGACAAUCACAGCCCGCAUCACUGGCCGGACAGACCUGGGUCCUAAGAGCAGCAGAGUGACUGGAAAUUUGAGUGUCAUGGGGGUGGCACCCCCCAUGAGUUCAGUUGUGGUGGAACGACAUCAUCCAGUAACACAGCUCACCAUUGGGCAGGCAACAGCUGCAAAGUAUCCCCGAUCGACAAAUCACAGCUCUGCGCCUGCAACAGCUGGGAAAGGCUCAACACACGCCGGGAGAGCUCAUCACUCCUCUUCUAACAUUCAGUCCAUAAAGGUGGUGGAGUGAACUGGCACAAAUUCACAAACACUUUCCGAGAUUGAACUGAAGGAUUGAACUUUGAACAAAUCUUAAUCCUAAUAAAAUUAAUUUGAAGUGUGUAAAAAAUCUUUAUUUUUUAAAAUUGCAUUGACUCCUAAAUAGCCAGAAUUCAGUCUUAUUGUGAGGCUUUAUUUUUUUUUUACCUUUAGAAAGCAUUGGUAAUGCAUUUUUUUAUUUAAAUCUUCAGGUUUUUUAAAUUAUAUUCAGCUUUUGUAUUGGAUAUGUAUGUUUUGUACAUCCUGUUUUUUUAAUAAUGGAGCCAUGGCAACAAAAGUAUUCAAUACAUUUUGAAAUUUUAAAAUAAAGUUUGAUUGCAGUGUCUCAAUUCUCAAUAUUUGGAUUUCCAAAAAUAGCAAGGAAGGUUCUGCUUGACAUUUGCAGGCUUUAAAUCGACAAACAUAAUUUCAUUUACACACAUUUUAUGCAUACCGUACGUACUGUAGCUGUGUUCUCAUUCUUUUUUGGGGGGGUUUUGAAUCAGUCUGUGCUUAUGUCUUUUACAUGGUACAUUUGAAUAAUAUAAGAAUUAACUGUGGUCAGCCAUGGUGGAAAUUCUGUACCACCAUAUGAGAACUCUGAUGUAACUGUGUAGUUUAACAAGAAGAAAGUUUCAUAAGCAGAGUGCAGUAAAUAUCCACUCCUUUUUCCUCAAGCAAAUGCAUUGGUCUGUCUCUAACAAAACAUGGGCCCAAUGGCUGAUUUUAAUUUCCAUCCAGCAUUUUAAAAUUGAAUUAGCAAUAGAGAGAAAGGAUCAGUGCUGCUUUCAAAUGAUCUCGUUGAAAAAUGUUGAUGGUGGUGGGUGAGAGGACCAACUGUGUUUCACUUGGUGGGUGAAGGUUCAGGGGGAGUUCACUCACAUGGCCUCCCUAUGAUAUUCUUUGUCUUUUGUCUGCUUUUCAUGUCUAGAUUACCUUGUAGAUUAAGAAUUAAAGAAUGAAAAAUUGAUUCAGUUAUAUUAGUAAUUAUAUUAAGAACUGAAGGGAUUUCUGUUUAAUGGCAGCUUCCAAGAGUGGAUGAAAACAUACACAUUCUUGCGGAGUUGUGUCUCUGCUCUCUAGCUGGUCACAGAUAGUCCAAGGGAAGACGGUACCAUCAAACUUCUCUCAUGAAGACUUUAGUAGUAGCAAUACUACUAAAAAGU